CAAUCCUCAUUUGACAUUUCAUUCUUCACAUAUUUUCUUAUCAAUCUCUGAGAUAUCAAUUAUCAAUAAUUUAUCAUCAGUCAACAUUCAACAACUAUACAGCGAAGUGUGAACAGUCAAUAACUCAAUAGUCAUCACUCAACGCCAGGAGCAGCCAGAAGUCAUCACUCUUCAGCAUCAAAUAGAAAAUGUAAAUUGUAAUACUUAUAUUCUUUGCUCAUCAGUCAGCAGACUGCUGGGAAGUAAGAAGAAAAGUGCUGGAAAAUUCAGAAUAAUGUUAUUAGUUGAAUAGUGAAACACAAAUGUUAGGUCUUAUAGAUUUUUUUAAAUAUACAAUAUUCAUUGUAAUUAUAAACUACCUGGACUUGUGAGACAUUAUUUACAUAGUGUGCUUGACGCGAAAUGUGUUAUGAAAUAUAAAUUUGAAUAAUUAUGAUUAAUUUAAACCUCAUUUUAAGAAUUAAGUAUUAGACAAAAUUGUUAAUAUUAAAGAAGAAAUAGACAAAGUAAUGGAUUGGAUCAUAUCAGAUGAACUAGGACUCACUGUUGGUCACCUAGUAGCAUGGGGAGCUGCUGGUGCUAUGAUAGUAGGAGGAGUGGCUCCAUAUAUCCCACAAUAUCGACAAAUAAAAAAAACUCAAGAUGCAGAAGGCUUUUCUCUAUAUGUUUGUUUAUCAUUACUUGUAGCAAAUACAUUGAGAAUACUGUUUUGGUUUGGUAAACGGUAUGAAAUACCGCUUCUAAUACAAAGUAUAGUUAUGAAUGUAACAAUGUUCGUUAUGAUCCAUUUAUGUGUUUCUGUGCGCAAGAAGAAUCAAAUAAUAAGAGCCAGGGAGAGAAUAUUUACUGGUGCAAUAUUCAUGUUAUAUAUACUAUUAUGUUGUCUAAAUGGCUCAGCUCAGCCAGACGAGACUGCACGCUGGUUAGGGCAGCAGAGUGGAGUCACAGAAGGUGAAAAACCGCGCCGUUUCUAUGAUAUGGAUAGCAGGUAUUUUUGGGCCUGGACCGAUUUCCAGAGCUACGUGGAUUGUAUGCUGGUAUUCUCGGUUCUUGGUGCGGCGUUAACAUAUUUGUUAAUAGAGUUUUCGCCAUUUGUCGAAUUAAUAGGGUUCCUCGCCCUUUUCACUGAAGCAAUGCUGGGGGCACCACAAAUUAUUAAAAAUAUACAAAACAAAAGUACAGAAGGAAUGAGUAUAAGUAUGGUGAUUAUGUGGACUUGUGGUGACAUCUUCAAGACUGCCUAUUUCGUGUUACGUGAUGCUCCGAACCAAUUCUGGCUGUGUGGAAGUCUUCAAGUGACACUGGAUGUUGUAAUUUUAUUACAAGUGUGGUGGUACCGACUGAAUACGGCUGUGGCGCGACACCGACGUGGAGACUAGCAGUGGUCGGAGACGGAGUUAUAGCACUCGUUGAACGCCUUCCGCGUGUAUUGGCCGCCGCUGUGCGAGGCCCUGCACACGACCUAGUCCCCGCCACCGCAACUAUAAGGCCAGCGAGACGAGAAAAAUAAUGUAAACAAACGGACCGUUACUGAGUAACAUUGCGAUAGCUAGCGAUUAUUAUCUCUGUCGCUAUGACUCGUACGCAUUAAUGGCGUCAGUUGGUCAACGACAGCUGUCGUUGUGUGUUUCGUGGUACAGGAAUGCAUUCAGUACCGCAGUUGUCAACAUUUGGUCUGCCAUUUUUUGAACAAAUUCAUUCCUGUUCGGAUUGCGUUCGAAGUGAUACGUAUUUUUUGUUUCCGUAUUUACUUAGGUUUUUGUUAUUAGGAAUCCGUUACUGUUAGUUUUCUUAUUGAUUUUUGCUAUCAUUGUGAAUAGUUAUUGAUUUUAAUUAUGAAAUCACAGCCUGGCAGCUCUAGACAAGCUUUGAAAUACAUCAAUUCUUUUCAGUAUUCAAAGACAUCGAUGAAAAUGUUUUGAACACCUGAAACUUUGUUAGCAUUCUUUAUUUCUUCUUGUUGGCUUUACUAUGGUAAUAAAUUAUACGCACGGCGAUUCUAUACUAAUCCCUGUAUCAGUGCAUACAUUCACUUAUAAAAGGUAUAUAUAAUAAUAGUAAUCAUUUAUUCAAAUCUAAAGAUAUAUAGUUAGAAUAUUUUUGCUCUACCCUCUGUAGUAGGAUACCCUGCAUUAGUAGGUACUUAGCUAGUGAACCUCUAUGUACUGGCUGUGACGUCGUCGACGUGGUACGAAAUCUGUACCACGGAACGAGCGAUGAGUGAAUGUAUCGAUAGUUUUGAUUACAUUGCGCAUUUUUUUGGUAUACGAGUGCAACAAACUUACAACUAAAAUCGGUAAUAUAAUAUAAUCAAUCAUGCAGUAUUUCCUUAGCUAAUCAAUUUGUAGUGCUCAGUAGGAUACCCUUAGUUGCAGAGGUCCUUCCGAAGGCUUAUGACUUGAAUAAUAACAAACUCACUAAAAACGCGCAAUAUAACUCAUUCGUUUUUCGUUUUCGAAUAACUUUUAUGUAGUUAAUAAUUACAAAUACAAUACUUUUUCAUGAAAUCAGUUCAGAAAUUUAGGUAGAUAGUACAUCUUUUAUGUAUUCGCUACCAGACUCAUCGCUGUAAGUUGGACCAGCGUAUAAUGUUUUCAUAUAACGUUAUUCCAGUCUAGGUUUUACAGCGUUGUCAAUGUAUCUAGUCUUCGUGAUUAAUGCGUGGUAUUUAGGUCAGUUAGUUAUAGCACAUAAUAUUACUACAGAGUAUAGGACGACUAAAUGGCAACUCGACAAUUUGUGAUCAAUUUUGAUUUUCAAAAUACUUAUUAUCUACAUGUCAAUCAUAAUCGGUAACAAUAACAACAGAUUUGCUUUCCUUUUCUAUCUUGCUGUAUCUUCGUUAGAGAUCGUCCGUCUCUGUCGCUCGCUUUAUUUGUCCAAACGCUACUAUAUUGUAGGUCUGUGGUGCUCAGUUUCAUUACCAAUCCACUUGCAGUACAUUGAAGCGCGCCUAUGUGAUAUAGUUAUGUUAACUAGUCAAAAUGUAGCAAUGAAAUUAGAACACAGCGAUUAAUACAAUAUUGUAUUUAGAUAAGUAAUAGUAUUGAUUUUCUAUGUUUAAGAGAGAACUUAAUGCGAGGCGAUUAGGUCGUUGAUCGCUGAUGAAGUAUCAAGUAUUUACUACUAUAAUAUGGGUUUAAUGAGUUCUGCGAUUGUGCGAAUUGUGUUGCUCGGUGACAAUUUUGUUAUAUUAUGCGGCGUAAGAGACAACUUGCCUUAGAUUAGCCUCUCAGAUGAGAAUGAGUCUGUUGUCUAUGGUAUCUCUGUAAGUAUUUUCUAUCUACAGGAAACCGUCUGCACUAUAAUUUGCCAUAACAAUUACAAGAAAAGGGAAUAUAUAAUUGCGGCGUACUUAGAUAGUAUGAAGGGACUCUGUUCCCAAAUGAAGUUAGGUAAAUUAUACAAUUACUUUUUAUCAUACAAGUAUUCUGAAAACAUAUCGCUAUCAGAUAUCGUAAGUGUAAACUGGAUUUUUCUGAUAAAAACUCUGACAUUAAGAAUUUUCUGUUGUGAUUACUAAAUUUAAUAAUGAAUUUUAGUCAUACCAUUUAUUCAGGGUGAUGGGAUUAGAUCAAGAUGUAUGAAAGAACAAAUGACUACUCUUUGUACUGGCUGUGACGUCAUUAAGGCUGUACCACGGUACGAUCGACGAGUGAAUGUAUCGAUACUUUUAUUUACAUUGCGCAUUUUGAUGUACGAGCGCAACAAACUUCCAACUAAAAUCGGUAACGUAUAAUGAAUAGGUCUAAUUUCAAUGUAACCACAAACGUAUUGAUUCAAAAAUAAAUUAAAAACAAUCUAGAUUUAUUUGUCGACUAAACAAACGCGUCCAUUUUCUCGGUCAAGUUUUUUCUAGAACAAAAUAGGCGUUUGUUUUGAUACGAUACAUGUCUCGGGCCGAUAACCGUGGAACACAAACUUAACAUAACAGUGACUAAGGAAAACUUUCGCUCUUCCUUCUAACCAGCGAAAUAUAUCUAUUCGCGCCAUACAUCUCAUUUGGAUUAUUAAAACUCAUUUAAAAUAUAACGAAUAUGUUAUACAUAUCUACCUAAUAUCCCCAUUCAAAAACAUUAACAUUACUAUUCUUAGCAUUUUGUAUAUAUGUAUUACUAGUUGACCCGAAAUACCUUGUUCUGUACAUAAUGAAUUUGUCAAUAAUGUUUCAAAAUAUCAAGAAUUAUUUCUUAAAAUAUGCUCCCUGUUGUUAUAAUUAAAUUGUUUCACAGCAAAACUGUCCAAUCGUGCGUCAGUAAAUUCUCUCACAGAAAAUGUAAUUAUAAUAAUUAUGGGUCCCAAAUCUAAAUAAAAACUAUCCUAUCUCUCAAGUUGCACUAUACUGCACUCCAUGAAGUAAUUAAUAAUCCACAUUAUAAUCCGUUAAUUAGUUUAGGAGUUCACAGGAAAUAUUCGAAACAAUAUAAUUUUGUGGCCUUUGUGGCUGUACAUAAUAUAAUAUAUACAUAUCUACCAGUUUUCAUUCCUUUACCACGUACAAAUAUUUUUAGUUAUGUAUAUUGUAAAUUUGAAAGAUAUUUCAACGAUUUUGAUUUUGGUACUAUAGAGUGGUAGUAUAUUGUGAAACUGUGAGACAAUUAGGCUUUAUAUGUAUUAUACGAAAUGUCUGUUUAUGUGUAGGCAACGGUAUGUAACAAAAUGGCGUCGAAAUUGAAAAGGAGGAAUCUUAGAUUUUUUUAAAUAUUCUUCCAUUAUUGAGUCCUUAACUCUAUCAGUCAAAAAAUACCUUAUUUGGAAAAUAAUAGGUGUAUAAAAUGUGAAGUACUAGCUAAUAUAACGUGAAAUGUUUCGAUCUUAUAUAAUUUAGAUGUCUACAUAGACUGUGGCAGCUGUAAACACGUUAAAAAAAAAUAGCGGCGAACAGUUAGGCUCUGUUAUCAACAAACGCACGCACACUAUAACAAAGUGAAUGACGUAUCGCGACGUACUUUUAAGCACACUAAAGCAUGGCAUGGCAUGUUGUCAUCAAAUUAUCUAAGGAUUCGAGUAUGUGUCGAUUAUUUCCAUUUGUUUUAAUUAAUUGGUCAAACUUUAAGAAGCAUAGCAGAUUACAAUAUAAUAUUAACAAAGAAUUUGUCCUCUGUACUUGGCGCUGUAAAUUCUAUUUCAAUUACAACAAGUAUAUUACCAUUAUAAAUUAUGGAUAUAUCGUUCCGGAAGUUGGGACUUUUUUUUAUUGGAAGUAACCCGCAGAAUCUUUUUUCAAAAUACCUGAAAUAUUUUUAGUUUAGGGUAACUCCAAAUAAACUACUACUACUAAACUAAAAUAGUUUUUUUCUCAUUUUAUUCUGUUAACAACAAGAAAAUUUGUACACAAUAUGUGCUAAUAAAUCCUCGAGAUACAUUAGACUAGAAUAUAAUAUUAUAACAUUAAGUUUUUUUUUAUAUUGGAGUAAAAUUAUUUAAGCUUAUCGUACCUACUUCUAUUUCUACUUUCCUUUUUCAGCUAUCGUACGUACUUGUGAAUUGCUCACAAUAAUAUACGAGAAUUAUAUUUGGUUGGAAAAAGCGUCACGAUAAAAAGUUAUUAUGUUCUAAUGAAUGCCCAUAUAAUAGACAUAAUACAAACAUAAAUAAACACUAUGGUAGUAGCGAUUACUAAAACUUAUCGAAUUGUUCAUUUGUUAAAUUCAGACGAUAACAAUAAUUAUUAAAAUGAAUCGGUUGUCAUCAAAUAAACUUGUUAACUACUAAUUUGUAGCACAGCGCACCUAUUAUGAUACUACUAUUACUACUCGCACUCACUACUAAAUUAGUAAUUACAUUGUGCGGGGGUGCUGUACCUAUCACAAGCUUCGCAUGCAUUGCAUUGACAAUAGAUUGUUAAGUCAAAGUCAAAAAAUCUUUAUUCACUGUAAAACUUUAUAAGUUAUUUAAUGCAAGUCAGGAUGAAGUACAAAAGUUAAAAUAGCAAUCAAAUGAGUAUAACAAUAUUCAUUAACAAAAUUUAGAACAUUAAUUCCGACUAUCUUUAUCAUUCAAAUAAUCUUUCACAUUAUAAUAGGCAUUAGAUGUUAAUUUAUUUUUUACGAGACAUUUAAAUUUUUAGUAGGUAAUAUUUUAAUUUCAUUUGGGAGUUUAUUAUAAAAUAUAACACAAUCCACUUUAAAAGAUUUAGCAAUUUUACGGAGCCUAGUAGAUGGAAUUGCGAUAACGAUAAUUGUUAUUACAAUAACCACCAUGCUCGUAGACUUACAAAACUUAGCGUGAUUAACAUCAAACACAUUUAAUUCAUAUUUGAUUUCCGCAAAAUCUCGCCUAAUUCAAUAAAUUUUGUUAGUAACUAAAUCGAAAAUCGAAUGCGCAACACCACAAUACUUAUAUUCAGUCCAUUGUUUUGUUUUUGCAACAAUCCUUUCUUAUUUGUUGUUGGAAUUGGUGAGUGAGUGAUGAAUGUUCCUGUAAUCUUACGCGUCCAUGAUUUAUGCGACAUAAGACAUGAUUAUAACGAGUGUAUAACAUAAUGCGCGUGUGAUUAUAAACGCCAAAAAAACUUCCAGUUUUAGUUAACGAGGUAAAUAUAUUAUUAUGUAUAGUUAACUAAAUAUUAUACUAUUAAUUUUAUGGUAAGACUAUAUUUAAUUGCCUACUAGUACUACAGUGCUAGUAGCUACAUUCACUGAAUCGCAGUGGAUCACUGAUUUACCAAGGUUUCAUAUUAUAUUUUGCCAUUAGUCACAAUUCCGAGGAGCUACCCCAUAAGAUGUUGUCUCAUUUAUGUCAUAACGGUCGCUGUUACAAGGAGCGUUAAUUAUGAUAUCAUAAGCAAAACGCAGGUGCGUGGACCUUUUAUAUAAACAGGCUGAGAAUUGCUAGCAAAUAACAAAAAGGAAGCCGUUUCUCACUUUCCAAUAAUAAUUCAUUCACCGCCAUGGCAC